GUACUCUCCCUUUCUCUCACACACAUAUCAAAUCAAGAGAGAUGUUCUGGCAAAGGGGAAAGACUCUAAUUCCAAUAGAGGUAUAGUACGUCGCUUGCUUUCAGUCAAUUAAAACCACUCCAUAACCUAUUCCGCACCGACAUGUCUCCUAUCGCCUUCCUUUAUUAGCCUCUUCACUCUUUCACCUUGUGUUUAAAUAUAGUUGUAGUAGCAGAGAGCGCAUAUAUUAGAAAAGAAAGAUCUUUCUCGGGAUCUCCUCAAUACUAUUCUUGGAACAUGUUGGACUACGAAUGGGACAACCCCUCCGUGAUAAUUUUAUCCGGAGAAGAUCGAAGCCAUCAUCAUCAGCAGGAGCCUGACCCAACCCGAGUCUUGUCCAUUUUCGACCCGACCCAGACCCAUCAUAGUCAGUCCUCUUACAGCAACACUUGUCCACCUCUAUUUCCUUCCUUGUCUAACCAACAACACUUGACCGUCUAUGGUCAUCAGACCAGCAACCAGUUUCAUCCAUCCUUCGUGUAUGACCCACGCAUCACCAAUCACCCUUACUCCCCCUCAUCCGAUUCAAUCUACGGCCACCCCCACCACUCAGCCUUGUUCUCCUUCGACCAGACAGGGUCAGGAGGAUCCGGAUCUUCUUACAACUUCCUCAUCCCCAAGACCGAAGUUGACGUCUCUCGGCCGCUCGAUUUCACUUCCAACAGAAUCGGUCUGAAUCUGGGAGGGCGGACAUACUUCUCGGCGGCGGACGACGAUUUCGUGAGCAGGCUGUACAGGCGGUCCCGACCUGGUGAGUUGGGAGUGGGGAACACGCUGAGCACUCCAAGGUGCCAAGCGGAGGGAUGCAACGCAGAUCUGAGCCACGCCAAACACUAUCACCGCCGCCACAAAGUGUGUGAAUUCCACUCAAAAGCUUCAACGGUUGUGGCCGCUGGUCUUAGCCAGCGCUUUUGCCAGCAGUGCAGCAGGUUCCAUUUGCUGUCGGAAUUCGACAACGGGAAACGGAGCUGCCGUAAGCGACUUGCUGACCAUAAUCGACGCCGCCGUAAAUGUCACCAGUCAAUCUCCAAACCCACUCCGGAUACUACCACCACCCCACAGUCACCGAACGAUUCGGGUGUAAAGUCUUCGUCGUCGCCAUCCAACGCGCUGCCUACAAUUUCACUGGAAUGUUUCCGUCAAAAGCAGUUCCAAACAACAACAACACCAUCGUCUUCGACGUCAGCAUCUUCCUCUAAUUCAAUGUUUUUCUCAAGCGGAUAGCUAGCUAAUUAAGCUUUGCAGUUAACUAUUAUAAACGACGCUAGCUAUUACGUUGUUAUAAUUGUUAUCAUCUUAAUAUCAUCAUCUUUGUUAGCAGUGAAUCGAUAAAUUGAUAUUUGGUCAUGUUGUGUGCUUCUUUCUUAAUAUUAGUUAAAUUGUUCUUGUUUAGAUGUGUUCGUUUGUUUUUUAAUUAGUGGAAGAUCUUCUAUUAUAAAAAUGAACCACUUUGAUGAUCGAUUGAAUUCUCUUUAAAAUGUAUUAGUAGUAAAUAUAAUGACUUACUUGAAUAAAUGCGUGAUAGAACUUCUGGUAAUGAAGGUAAGACCGGGGAAGGUGCUGGUGCAUGGGGUGGUUCGUUCAUCGUUUAUUCAUUUAGGGCAACUGAAUUAUUAAAUUGAUUGACAAUCUGUGCAUUUUUUUUUGUCUGAUGGUGCUGUUGGAAUUUUCCUAGAUAACUACAGCAAACCAACAUUUCAGAAAGUGACUUAUCCAUGAAAGCCACGUGCUUCCCUUUUCUUUCUUUUUUUACAAAAACAUAAAAAUAUAUUUCAUCUCAUUUAUUAUUAUUAUCUUGCCGAGGAGAAAAUUGGUUGAAAUGGAUGUCUCGUUAAUGUCCCCCCUUUCCGAAGCUAAUCAUACAAAUGUUGUUAACUCUUAAAUAGCCAUGUUUAUCUGCGCCACCACUGGGACCUUUUUUUUCUUUUCUUCACCACUGGGACUUAGUUUGUACUACUUGUUAUAUACUGCUAAUGUUGGAACUUAGAAGCAUGAUAGAACGCAUUUGUGUAUAGUAUAACCACUGUGUUUAGUAAACUCCAGGACGGAGUAAAUGUCGUAUGGGAUCAGAAGUAUAUAAUUCCGGAGUUACGCUUUAUCAUUAAUAAUUAGUGAAAUAAAAAGUACUACUAUAUACCAGUUGUAAUUAAAACUUUCAUUAACAGUAGGCGAUGAUGAUACGACGACAUUAAAAGGACAAUGUCAUUGGUUCCCCUAAUUCCAGCUGGGUGCGUCUCUAGUUUACUUUCCAAAAAAGUACACACGUGUCGUAUUUGUCUUGGGCAACCACAAAGAUAUAUUAGCAAUUUUGUUUCAGUUGCUGCAAAGGCUGAAUUUCAGCUCAACACGUGAUCAUUUCUGGCACUAGCGGUCCGAUGUGGGGAAGAAACGCCUAAUUAAUAGCCCAACCAUUGAGAAAACUUUAACUCCUUUUCUUCGUUGACAUAUAUGAAAAAGCUAAACGGAGUCAAUUAUGAUAUCCCGAGGGCGAGGGUCUUGUUUAUGUUUAUGGACCGCACGAAGCGCAAUAAGAGCAUGAUUAACUCUACUUCUUAAGUGGAUUCUUAAAAGAUGGGUCCCAUAAUUUUGUUAAAAACAACGUCUUCGUUCUCCUCGGCAAGAUGUGGGUUUGGUAGGGUUCUUGUACUGUUUGCGGGUUCCACUAACACGUGGAGGUUCGCGAUUGAUUCUUUUUAAUUUUUUUUUUUUGUAAAAAAAAAAAAAAAACAAGAACCCCAAAUGAGGUUUUCGGGUUAAUGGUGCUCUAAGGCAUUGUCUUGACAUAAUAAUAUAUAUUAGUGUUUAUUUUAAAGAUUUUCCUUUUAAAUGUAGCAUAUAUAAUAUAUAACUAGAUGAUAACCCGCACGCAUAUGCAGGGUGAAUUCUUAUAAUAAUGUUUGUUUAUGAAAUGAUUUUAACAUUUUGCAACACUACAAUCUUUAUCGACUAUAAAAUGAUGAAUACAAAUGUUGAUCUCUUAAAUAUAUCAUCGUUGUUGAAGAGUUAACGUAUUACAUAUCUUUUUUUUGUGCAACCAAAGAUUAUAUUAAGCUUAACCGAAGAUUACAAGUAGAGGGCUCAUUGCCAAAGAGUAAAACUCACUUGUUACAUUAACGAAAACUAAAGCAUUAAAAUGAUAGGUUAAACGGUUUGAAGCAUAGACAACAACCAGAAGCUUCUUCGAAAGGGCUUCUAAGUUGAUCGAUUUCAAAUCGAUAUGAUAUUCUGCCAAUAUAGGUGAUUGAAGAAAACGUGUAUCUCAUGAUGUUUGUACAUCUGAGCGUUGAAAUACUUUCUCCAUGAAGUGAUCUCUCCAAAAAGGAGGAAACUGGUCUCUGAUAUUACGUGUAUACGCACACCAAAUAACCUAAUGUGCACACUACCACAAUCGAAUGGUAUGUCGAUGUAGCACUUUAGGAUCGAAUCCACAGAGACCAACUGUUACACUUUAUUUCUAUAGGAUCAAUAUUAAGCUAAAACAAUAUGGGGGUUUUAAGAUUGAGGUAUUAUAACAGAAAA